ACACCUUGAAGUGUUGGCCGCUAGAGUAGCGGGGUCCCGUUUCGUGACACGCUGGGCGAUAUUUUUUGUACAAAAUCCCGUCCUUAACAUAACAUCUUAUAAAUACGAAGGCAGAUUUGUUGUCUUAUAAACGUUCGUAUCUUAUCUAGCUUCAUCUACUCUGAAAAAGUUUUUAUACUAUAAUGCAAGCAGAAUCAGAAUUGGAUAUUUUAUAUUCCCCAUCCAAAUGGUCGAAAAGAUUGUUACCUGAUGUUAUCGUUUCCAAACAUGUUGAAAUAAUCGAAAAAAAUAGUAAAGAAGUCCAAAAUCAAAUCCCAUGUACUUUAAAUAUACCAUAUGGCUCUGGAAAAAGGGAAACAUAUAAUAUAUUUGGAACCGAUUUAGCAGAUGAUGCUCCAAUAUUCGUCCACUUUCAUGGUGGUUACUGGAAAGAAGAAUUAUUAACACACAGCAACAACUCAUUCAUAGCAAAACAGUUACACAAAAAUAAAAUAAAAUCUAUAUUGGUAGGUUACGAGCUCCUGCCAAAAGUUUCUGUAGAAGAAAUUAAUGCAAACAUUACAAAAGCAGUUGCAAAGUGUCUAGAAUAUGCCAAGCAACAUGGAUCUAGCGGCUUAUAUUUAAGCGGCCAUUCUGUUGGAGGCCAAAUAGUUGCAAGGCUCUUCGAAAGUUUUAUACCUUCCCUUCCCGAGGCAGAUCAGUCACUAUUCAAAGGAGCGUUUCUUUUAUGUGGAAUAUACGACUUGCUUCCGCUCAUCAAAACUGAGUACAAUAAAGAUUUUAAAUUCGACGAAGACUCAGCAAGGGCUGCAAGUCCAAUAUUUAAGAAGUUGUCUGUAAGAAAAGAUACAGAUUUUUAUGUAGUUGUAGCAGAGAACGACAGUCCAGCGUUUGUCGACAAUGGGAGGAGAUUUAACGAAUACCUUUUAAAAUUUGGAAUAAAAUCCAAUUUUGUUUCUAUCAAAAAUGUAGAUCACUUUGAUAUAAUCGAAAGACUAAUUGAUCCAGAAUUUGAACUCACUCAACUUAUUGUAAACAUUAUAAACAAUUAAAAAAUAUGUCCCGAUGGAAAUAAAGUUAUAUUUAUGGGUA